AUGAACAUAAAGGGCUGUUUAUUUUUUAUAUUACAAUUAAAAGUUGUAAGUUCGGAAUUAGUUACGUCUUUGAUCAUUGGUGCUACUGCAGCUAGUGGUUUUUUUGGUUGGGAUUAUGUUAAAUCAAACACAUAUUGUCGUUAUGUUGAAUGUUGUAACGAUAACUACGUUAAUUUCGAUAUAGGAAAACUAGAGCAAUCCUUAAAGAAUCAGCUGUUUGGUCAACCACUUGUCAACGAAAUACCAAAAAUAUUAAAAGCACAUAAAGAAAGUUUAAUGGAUAAAACACAAAAGAAUAAGAAAGCCUUGGUAUUAAGUUUACAUGGGUGGUCUGGUGUGGGCAAAAAUUAUGCUACAACCUUUAUAGCAGAAUCAAUAUUUAAAAAAGGUAUGAAGAGCCAGUUUGUAAAAGUUUUCAUGGGUAAAAAAGAUUUUGACUGUUCCAAUCUUCAAGAAUCUCAAAAAAAACUCAUUAAAGAUGUGAAUGAAAUUGUAAAAAAAUGUUCAACAUCACUGAUUAUAUUUGAUGAAAUUCAUGAAAUGUGCCCUACGAUACUGGAUUCAAUAAAACCAAUGCUUGACCAUCAUCAUGAAGUAGAUGGAGUGGAUUAUAGGAAUGCAAUUUUCAUAUUUAUAUCAAAUAUUGGUGGUAAAGAAAUUGCAACAAGUCUGCUGGACCUGUAUAGUCAAGGAAUUAUGAGGAAUGAUGUGGAAUUUCAUAAUUUUGAAUCAAUCAUAAGAAGAACUGCAUAUAAUACAGGUGGAUUUGAAAAAUCCUUAACAAUCGCUCAACAUUUAAUUGAUCAUUACAUCCCAUUCUUACCCUUGGAACAACAUCAUGUCCAGAUGUGUGCAUCAGCAGAAUUCAGAGCUCACGGAAUAUAUAACCCAUCAGAAGAAAUGAUGUCUGACGCAUUGUCAGUAAUUACCUAUGGACCAUCUGAAGAACAACCAAUAUUUGCAAAUAAUGGUUGUAAAAGGUUUACAAAGCAAAUACCAUACAUUAUACAAAAACACAAACAAAAGAAUGAUGAAUUAUAG